AUAGAAAGCUGAGUGGGGGGGAGUGAGUGAGAAGCGGAACGGACGUUGAACAGACAAAAGUCGCAUUUUUCAUCUUAAUUCCCUUUUCUCGUCCCAAUUUUUGUUGUUGUUGUUGUUGUUGUUGGAGACUUCGCCUCUCGAUUUCUUGUGGUUAUUUCGAAUGCAGUUUCGAUCUCUCGAUCCAUUUCGACGCGAAGCAGUCAUUUGAGGCGGAAACGAAGGAGUUAAUGCCGGGGGAUUCCUGCCGCCUGACGAUCCCCUCCUUGAUCUUUGUCCCUCGACUUUGGGUUCGGUUUCUUGGUGUCGUACCGAUUCCCACCGUCGACGGGAUUGCCUUUGACUUUGGCAAGCCUUCCUGGGCGACUCUCGUGCUGUGAAUUCCCUGCGCCAUCGGAGGUAUCGAGCCUGCCCUGGCAUUUUGUUUGAUUCCGUCGAUUUCUUUUGAAUUUGGAUGAGAAGCGAUGCGAUCUGUCGCCGUUUGUCAUGGGAAUCCUGCAUUCCGGGGCGGGGAUGGGGGUCCUGAUGGUGCUUAGGUGGCAUUUGCUGCUGUGGGUGCAGACGCUGGAAAGAAGGGCCUUUUUGUUUGAUUGGCUUUAGGAAAGGUGGCAUUCCGGACAUCGAGUAGCAUGGAAGGAGAUUGCGUUCCUUCAAACGUUUGGUUCUCGAUUGUCCUGGCAUUUCGAUCGCGAGGGAGAUCUUCUACCUCCUCCUUGAUGGGCUGCCGCUUGAUUAAUGUUUGUAGUGUAUGAUCCUCCGAUUGUCUAUGUAGAAUGUUGGAAGCGCGUCCACUGGAUGCAAGAAAAGCUCUGUCUUGGUCCUUCUUCGAGAAGACAACAUGGAUCGCUUGUUGCACAAUUUGAGCGGAACAGAUCUUGAGUGUUUGUGGAGUGGAAGACAACAGGCUUAUCGGCUGCAUAUGCAUUAUUCAGAAUGAGUGAGGUGGAGAGAGAUCAUCCUCGAUGGAAAAUUCCGACAAUGCAUUCUCUGAAUUGUUUAGCAUCGUGAAGUCCUGGAUCCCUCGGCGGUCUGAGCCGCCAAAUGUGUCAAGGAACUUUUGGAUGCCCGACCAUAGUUGCAGGGUAUGUUAUGAGUGUGAUGCACAAUUCACGAUUUUUAACCGUCGACAUCAUUGUCGACAUUGCGGACGCAUUUUCUGUGGAAAGUGCACAGCAAAUUUUAUCCCUGCUACAUCUGAUAAUUUGAGGAGCACUAAAGAGGUAGGUGAGCGUGAGCGAAUUCGGGUUUGUAACUUUUGCUUCAAACAAUGGGAUCAAAGGAUAUCAUCAACUGAUAAUGCAUUUCAACAGUACAUCAGUCCUGCUCUUUCCUCAACAAGCAUUGUCAGUACCAAAUCUAGUGGGACUAUUAACAGCAACUUCAAUGUUGAAUCUUACUCGUCAGGACCUUACCAUCUUAUUCCUUAUGGUCCUGCUCCUAAUCCAUGCCAAUCUGUUCUGUUGGAGCCAUGCUCAGAUAAGCCAGACCUGCAUGUAUCUGCAAGGAGCAUAGACGCCGUAGAGAUUGGUAGUCAUCGGUUUGGCUAUGUCAUGAACAGGAGUGAUGAUGAUGAUUAUGAAUAUGGGGGCUUGCAUGAUUCAGAAACACAACAUUUCCAGCAUUAUGAUGACUAUGGUGGUCAAGAUGAAUUUAAUGGAGUGGAUCAGGAUUGCUAUUCAAAUAAAAUGAUUCCAGCCGAAGUUGAUAUCAAUUUGGAAAACAUCUGCUCCCCAGCACACAACACACAACUCCAUGCUACUGUAGAUGCUGAUAAGAUGGAUGAAGAAAAUGAACCUGAUUGUAGCUAUGAAUGUAAUGCUUCUCCUUCCAUAUAUGAGAUAGAAAAUGCAGAUGCAGAGCCUGUGGACUUUGAGAAUAAUGGACUACUCUGGCUUCCUCCUGACCCAGAAGAUGAAGAAGAUGAAAGAGAAUCCAUUCUGAUUGAUGAUGACGAGGAUGAGGAUAGCCCAACAGGAGAGUGGAAUUAUGAUCAUUCAUCAAAUGGCUUUGGCAGUGGUGAUUUCCGGACUAGGGACAGAUCAAUUGAGGAGCAUAAGAAAGCAAUGAAGAACAUUGUUGAUGGACAUUUCAAGGUGUUGAUAGCUCAACUUCUACAGGUUGAAAAUCUUUCAGCUGGUGAAGAUGACAGGGGAAGUUGGUUGGACAUUGUUACAUUCUUGUCAUGGGAAGCAGCAAAUUUCCUUAAGCCAGACACUAGCAAUGAUGGAGGAAUGGAUCCUGGUGGGUACGUAAAAGUCAAGUGCCUGGCUUGUGGACAUCGCAGUGAAAGCAAGGUGGUAAGAGGAGUUGUUUGUAAGAAGAAUGUGGCACAUCGACGUAUGAAAUCAAAAAUAGAGAAACCACGUUUUCUAAUUCUUGGAGGAGCUCUUGAAUACCAACGAGUAACAAAUACGCUGUCAAGUUUUGAUACUUUGCUGCAGCAGGAAAUGGAUCAUUUGAAAAUGGCUGUUGCAAAGAUUGCUGCUCACCAGCCUAAUGUCCUUUUGGUAGAGAAAUCAGUAUCUCGUUUUGCCCAAGAGUACCUUCUAGCAAAAGACAUCUCGUUGGUUUUGAAUAUCAAAAGACCUCUUUUGGAACGUAUUACCCGCUGCACUGGGGCUCAUAUAGUCCCUUCCAUUGACCACCUAUCAUCUCCAAUGCUUGGGCACUGUGAUUUGUUUCAUGUGGAGAAGUAUCAUGAGGAUCAUACUACUGCAGCACAAGGAGGGAAGAAAAUGCUAAAAAACUUGAUGUUUUUUGAAGGGUGCCCAAAGCCUUUGGGUUGCACUGUUUUACUUAAAGGUGCUAGUGUUGAUGAACUGAAGAAAGUGAAACCUGUAGUCCAGUAUGGAGUUUUUGCAGCCUACCAUUUGGCUCUCGAAACGUCUUUUCUAGCAGAUGAAGGUGCUUUUCUACCUGAACUUCCUUUAAAGACUCCAAUAACUGUUGCAUUGCCAGAUAAACCUUCUAGCAUCGACAGAUCCAUCUCCUUGGUUCCUGGGUUCCCUACUGCUGGUGAGCCACAUGGUAGUGUCAGUGUUCAAAGACCCAACACAACAUAUCCUGUCACAACAUCCAUAGAGUCCAGAAAGAUGGUAUUGGAAGCAUCACCAUGUUCCUUUAAAGGCCACAACUCCAGAGUUGAAGAUUUUGCAUCCAUGUUAAGUCCUAUCUCUGCUGAUCAUCUUUUAGAAGCAUCAAGUGGGGCCUCUUUACCUUCUUUCUCGACUUUGGGUAAUGUCUCAAAUUAUUCACCUCAAUCUCGUACCACAAAGGACAAAAGUAAAGUGUUCUUUGGAGAUUGCCAUGAGGCAAUAUCAUACAUAAUUGAUGAUCAGACAGUUCGACAUGGUUCUCCUCUUCCUGAUCAAGCAGAAAAUUGUGCUGCUAUACCUAAGGAUGCCCAAACUGAGAGCAGUUGUAUGUUAGAAAAACAGAUUAGCUCCUCUAAUCCAGAAACUUCACAACAAUUUGCUGAUGAAUUGCAUGACUACACGCUACUGAAGGAAGAAUUUGCACUUUCUCCUUCUGAUCAUCUGAGCAUUUUGGUUUCGCUUUCAACCCGCUGUGUGUGGAAAGGGACUGUUUGUGAGCGUUCCCAACUCUUUCGCAUAAAGUAUUAUGGUAAUUUUGACAAACCUUUGGGAAGAUUUCUACGAGAUCAUCUAUUUGAUGAGAAUUAUAGGUGUCGUUCAUGUGAUAUGCCAUCAGAAGCUCAUGUUCAUUGUUACACUCAUCGAUAUGGCAGUCUGACAAUAUCUGUUAGAAAGUUUCCAGAGAUUCUCCUGCCAGGAGAAAGGGAUGGAAAAAUCUGGAUGUGGCAUAGGUGCUUAAUGUGUCGUCGUAAUAAUGGCUUCCCUCCAGCAACUCGUAGAGUUGUGAUGUCUGAUGCUGCAUGGGGUUUAUCUUUUGGAAAAUUUCUGGAGCUUAGCUUUUCAAACCAUGCUGCUGCAAGUAGAGUUGCUAGCUGCGGGCACUCACUUCAUAGAGACUGCCUUCGCUUUUAUGGGUUUGGCAGAAUGGUUGCUUGCUUCCGGUAUGCAUCAAUCAAUGUGCACUCUGUUUACCUGCCACCUCCAAAAGUUGAUUUUAAUUAUCAGCACCAGGAAUGGAUAUCUAAAGAAGCAAAUGAGGUGGCUGAGAGGGCUGAAAAUUUAUUUAGGGAAAUACACAGUGAUUUAUGCCAAUUUAAAGAAACAAUGAUUCAAAAUGGUAGCAUGGAAGUCCCAGAAUUCAGACAUCACAUCGUUGAACUUCAAGAUUUUCUGCAAACUGAGAAAGCUGAAUUUGAGGAUGUUCUACAUAAAGUAUUAAAGAAGGAGGUGAGGAAAGGAGAACCAGUCAUUGAUAUUCUUGAGGUUAAUAAGUUAAGAAGGCAGUUAAUCUUCCAUUCAUAUUUAUGGGAUCAACGACUGUUAUUUGCUGCAGAAUUAGAUAAUUGUCCCAAGGGGAUUUGUAACAGUUUCUUGACAAGAGAGAAAGAAAAGCACUGCACUGUUGAAAAGAUCAAAGAUUUGAAUCUAGCAUUAAAGCCACAAAAAGAUUCCCAGUGUUCAAAUGCUGCUCCAGUAGAAUUUAAAACUGAUGAGCUCUUCGAGCAAGGGACUCAUACUGCUAACAAUCCAGAGGGGCUCUUUGGUCAUCAUGAUAGUGACGAGUUAGGUCAGAAAAUAAGAGAUGUAGAAAUGGACUCAAUGCAAGAGAAACAAAACCAAACCUCUCUUUAUACCAGCAUAAGUGCCACUGAAAGUUCAAUUCUUUUGGAAUCUGGUUUAGUAGGGCGUAGAACCCUUUCAGAUGGACAGUUUCCAGUUUUGACAAAUUUAUCUGACACGUUUGAUGCAAGGUGGAUCGGUGACAGUGGCACUGCCCUGGCUGAUGUAAUGACUCAAGAUCUGAUAGUUCCAAUGGAAAACUCAGUUGCAAUGCCAAUUUCUGAGGGUUCAGAAGAACGUGCUGGAGCUGACAUAACACAAUCAUUUACUUCCAUACUACUAAGUAAGUUAGGAGACAGUGCAGAGGACUUCUCAGCCCGGAUUGGAAUUCCUUUUGUAAAUAUUUAUCGUACUAUUAACAAAAACUGGGGAAACAGUCCAAGAUUUAGUGAUCUCAAUGAGUACAGUUCUGUCUUCCGUAUCUUUUUAAGGGAGUUGGAGCGUCAGGGUGGGGCAAGGUUUCUUCUUCCUGUUGGCUUAAAUGAUACUGUCAUUCCAAUUUACGAUGAUGAACCAACCAGUAUCAUUUCCUUUGCACUUGUCUCUCCUGAAUAUCAUGUUCAAUUAUCAGACGAGCGGGACAGAAUUAGAGAUGGUACGGACUCUUCACUUUCUUUACCACUCUAUGAUGCAGGGAAUUUCUUGUCUCAGUCCUUUGAUGAAACCUUUUCUGAUCCUUUUAAAAGUUUUGGGUCAACUGAGGAUAAUAUUUUAUCAUUGUCUGGUAGCAGGGGUUCCCUGGUUUUAGAUAAAACAAUGCAUGUCAGAGUUUCUUUUACGGAUGAAGGUCCAUUUGGGAAAGUAAAAUACACUGUUACUUGUUAUUAUGCAAAAUGCUUUGAUGCUCUAAGAAGAGCUUGCUGCCCUUCUGAGCUUGAUUUCAUAAGGUCUCUCAGUCGUUGUAAGAAAUGGGGAGCACAGGGUGGCAAAAGUAAUGUAUUUUUUGCAAAAUCAUUGGAUGACAGGUUCAUAGUAAAACAGGUUACGAAAACAGAAUUAGAAUCAUUUAUCAAGUUUGCCCCAGAGUAUUUUAAAUAUUAUUCAGAGUCCAUAGCCACAGGUAGCCCAACAUCCUUGGCAAAGAUCCUUGGUAUUUAUCAGGUUACCUCUAAGAACCUUAAGGGUGGAAAAGAUAUAAGGAUGGAUGUGCUGGUUAUGGAGAAUCUGCUGUUUCGAAGGAACAUUACAAGGCUGUAUGACCUAAAAGGGUCUUCAAGAUCACGUUAUAAUCCAGACUCAAGUGGUAACAACAAAGUACUUCUUGACCAGAAUUUGAUUGAGGCAAUGCCGACAUCUCCAAUUUUUGUGGGGAACAAGGCAAAGAGGUUGUUAGAGAGAGCUGUUUGGAAUGAUACAUCAUUUCUGGCGUCCAUUGAUGUCAUGGAUUACUCUUUGCUGGUGGGUGUCGACGAAGAGAAGCACGAACUAGUGCUGGGCAUUAUCGAUUUUAUGAGGCAGUAUACAUGGGACAAGCACCUGGAGACUUGGGUGAAAGCUUCAGGAAUAUUGGGUGGGCCAAAGAAUGUCUCUCCUACUGUAAUUUCUCCAAAACAAUACAAAAAGCGGUUCAGGAAAGCAAUGUCUGCAUACUUUCUUGUUGUUCCUGAACAGUGGUCACCACCUACCGGUAUCCCUAACAAGCCGGACGCUGAAAUCAGCCAAGAAAACCAGCAGGGAGCCACAACAGAAGGAAAUUAGGUUCAUUUAAGAUGUAUGUAAACAACAGUUUUCCUUCUUACAGUAUCAUAAUUCUUUUUCUGGUCCUUUAUAAUCAUAGGUCUCACAUCGCCAUUCAUAUUCCUUUAAACAUUUGUGAUUUCCACAAUAUAGAGAGGGCUAGUCAUAUCAUAUGCCACAAAUUUAGCGUAGUAUUUAGCUGAAUUGUGCAUGCUCGGACAUGUAUUUGUAGAGGAGGAACCUGUUUGGCUUCAAUAAAAACAGUUGAUUGAGGUCAUACCUUAUAACAGACUGC